AUGGAUCACAACGUCUGUUUAUGCAGUGAACGACGAUUCGUUAUAGGUUUAUCCCUGGGUGAAGAUGGGAGCAGCCAGCAGUUACAUGUCCUCCACUCCCCAAAGUCUGUGAAGUUUGCGCACACAGACGACGUACUGAAGGUCAGUGAGAUCCACAAGGUCAUAUCCAGCGUCCUGGGAGUGGACUCAGGCAGGGGGAUGACAUGGAAGGGGUUACUCCAGGGCUCUCUGUUCAGCAGACCUAAAGCUAACGUGUUGGUCACCAUCCCUGGAUACCACAGUGAUCUGGGCAGCCUGAAUCUCAACCCAGUGGCCAAAUAUCCCAUCAGUGAUGACAUUCCAUAUGUUGACAGCCAACCCUUACUGGACACUAUCCAGAGCAACUUUCUGGAGGCAAAUCCCAUGCUGGUGGAUUUGUCUUUAGAUAAAAACAUUUUCGACUUGAAAUCCCAGAAUCCACAGCUGUUCAAUAAGCUGCCGUCAAACCUGAGGAAAAUGGCGGCUCGUCUUUUGGACCAGAGCUCAAUCCUGCGAAUGUUCAAUGCUGGUUCUCUGAACGUCAGUAAGGAUGCUGACCUGAGUUUACUGGGAGAGCUUCAGCUUAUCAAGGAGGUUGUGACUACAGUUCAAGAUAAUAAAAAAGCCACCAAGAACCCAAGCCCUGAUGUGUAUGUUUUUACUAUCUCUGGUCUUAAAGCACUCACAGACGAAUAUAGUGUAAAAUCUAAACAGGUGCAAGAUGCAAAAGUUCUGCUUGGUCAGUUCUUACAUAAGAUGUCUGAGGAUUUCAAGGAGCUUUACAAGGGGAACGUUGUUGUUGAAGUUGUCACCUUGACCUCCAUGGAGAGUUCACCCCAUAUGAGACAUGUGAGGAGUUUGAAACAGACUGCAGUAGAACAGGAUAAUGGUGUGCCAAGCCCUAAUCAGAUCAACCUUGCUGACAGCUAUGACCCUGACUUCCCCGUCUAUUUCAACAUCAUCCUCUGGCUUAUGGUAGGACUUGCUAUCGCUAUCUUCAUCAUUGCUUACUGCAUGUGGAACAUGGACCCAGGCCGGGACAGCAUUAUAUACAGGAUGACCAGUCAGAGGAUGAAAAAGGAUAAUUAGGAAUUCAAAAUAUAAAAAUAUAAGAAGGGAAAAAAAGUAGUAGGUAUGGAUCGGUGUGUGUGUUUAAGUUAAACUAGUCUUUAUGUUUUGUACGUAUGUAUAUAUACAGAUAUAUCAGGAGAGAUAGUAAGCACUGAAAUCGACUACAUUGUAGUAAAAAUAACGUUUGUUUUGCCUCCCCCUAACAUUAUGUGAUAUAAAGCUGUUCGGGCGAGUUUCCCUAAGACAUGAAUGAUACAACUGCAGAGUUAUCUCCCUUUGUAAAUUACUUCCUAAUGCAGACAGGAUAGUACAUAUAAGCCAGUGUAAAGAAGUAAGGAAUUUGUGAACAGAAGAAAAAGUUGAUGCUGAGUCAUGUUUCUGGUUUCCACAGUAUGGCCAGUAGACUUUGGUUUUGUUUGUCUUCACACAGCAAAUAUUGCAAAUAUUUGGGAACAAAGGGUAACAGUUUCACAGUUCUGUAAUCAGUAUGUCAAGGAUACAAACAUAUUAUUGAAAAGUGUUGUAUAUUUAUGCAAUGACCUGUAUAGAUAAAUUCUUUACUAACAGAGAUGAUUAUUACAGAAUGUUGGAUAAACCAUGGAGAACUUCUCCUGAUUUGUGGUGUUCUUUCUCAGUUUAUUUCCAUUUCUCAUAUAUGAAGCAUUGUAAUAAUUAAUCGAAGGGUAAAUCAUAUAGAUGCAUUGGUAAAAAAAUGUGUGUCUUAGAUACUUUAGAUGUAUAUGUACUAUACCUUUUUUUCUGAGUAUUAAUUGUUUCAUUUAUGUUAAUUGGUUUAUAAUAUGAUUUUAUGGUUGAUAUUUCGUUUUAUGUCAGUACUCAGGUUACGUUUUCAUUGAUUACAUAGUACUUGAAGUAUUAAUUAUACGAUGUAAAUAUGAAUUUAGUACAUGAGGGUUAUGGUCUAAAGGCUUCAUGUGCAAGAACUUUUCUGAAUUGAUGUAUACAAAACUUUUGCUGUUGGUCAUGAAUUCGCAAGCAAAAAGUCGGACACAGUGCUGCUUUGUUGAGUUAUCUCCCCUGUCCAAUACCCCGGGUCCUUGUACUGAUCUCCUUUUGGAUUCAGCUCGAUUUGUUAGCACUUUUGUUGUCAAACAUUCCAUGGCUGUGAAGAUGUCUGGAUGAAUUAAGUGUUUUGUUAACUGGAAGCCCUUGUUAUCGGUACUAUUUUUGGACCAAUAUUUGUUUAAAACAUUUGUGUAAUUGUCACCAUGCUCUAAGGGCUUCUGGAAUAAAUGAUCCAAAACCUAAAUUCUUGAAAAUAUACAUGCGAUACAGUGUCAUAAUGAUCACGAUAACAUGCAAAUUUAAUGCUACUGAACAAAAACUGUUGCGAUAGCAUGAAGAAAACAGAAGUGUACACAGUUGGAGUUGGUGAGGUUGAGUUAAAAAUAAAGGUGUAGUCAGCUGCAUCUUGAUGAAGUUGUUUGGACUAAAUAUGCUUUAUUGGCAAGAAUAGUGAUUUGACUCUAAUCCUUGUAUUGAAUACAAUGCCAGUGGUGUAGAUAGAAAAUCAUGGUUUACACAUGAGCAUAGUUAAUGUGUUCGGAAAUAAAUUCCUGGUUAAAUUCACGAAUGUAGCCCUAUAGAUCUAUCUGAGUAUCAUUCAUACCUAGUGUUUGUGUCGUUAUCCUAAACUCUCUGUAAAACCAGACCUAGUUGCCACUGCCUGUA